AUGGCUUCUCAUAGCUAUCCAACACUUGGCUCUAGUCUUCUUCAAGAGCUUGGAAUCAAUGUAAUCAUCAAGAAGAACCGGGCUUGUCUGCUGAAUCCUGGAGGAAGGAGACAAGAGAUCAUAAUACCAGAAAACUGUUUUAGUCUGAAGCUACGACACUCGGAGCCAUGGAAACCUUUUUGUUCUGUGAGAAAGUCCAAUCACUUUUUGGAAUUUGACUCCACCAUGAUGAAGCCUAGUCUCUUGGACGUUCAUGGUAUGCAGACCGGACAAGAGGAGCUGAUUGAGUUCCUUAUGUCCAGAGCAGGCGAACUCAAGGAAAGAGGAUUCGACAUGUCUCUGUUAUCUGACUUGAUGGAUCUACGUGCUUCAAGAUCCAGCUCCUCUUUCCUUCGCUUGAACCAAGAACCCGUGAAGCCGCUUUUGGAUCGCAUCAUGCAUAAUCCAGAGUUCUCCAUCAGUUCGGAUGCUCAAAUCCGCUUCUCAAGUAGUAGAGCUGAGCUGAAUGAUACGGUUUCUAUCGCAGCCGAGAUUCAUAUGUCAAAGAACUCAGCCAGAUGGAGAAAGCUCUCACGCCUUGUCCCGCAGUUUCAGAGAUUUGACAGUGAGGUGUUCAUAGACAAUCCACAGCUAAACGCAGUUGAUCUUGAUGCAGUCACACAAAAGAGUACGGAGAAAACUAGGGUCAAGCCUUCACCAAAGAAACACAAUCCGAAUAUAAGAGAUAGAGAGAAAGAUCUCCACAGACGAAAUCAUCUUCAUGCAUGUGAGAGCCUUAUCUCGUUGAUGUUAGGCAGUGAACAACAUAAACAAACCACAUUGCUGUCUCUAAAGAAAUCACGUGGAGAAGUUUCAGAGCUUCUGACUCAGUUUUCAAUCGGUACUGCUGGAACCGGCAUCGCUGUGUUCUACUCUGUGGCCUGUAGUGUUGCUUCGGGGCGAGUACCAUUCUGCGCAAACAAGGUCUUUGACAGUGCACUUAGUUUGAGUUUGGUAUUGCUCUCGUGGGCGGUGAAUAGACUCAGGGAAGCCAUUGUCGAUGUCAAUAGGAAAUCAAUCAAACACGAAGAAACGACAAACAGAGUUGAGAGAAGGAUCAAGGAUGUUUACUUCGGAGCUGCAACAGUCUUCACCAUGCUCGCACUUAGGUUUGGCUGA